AUGGUGGACAUCGCUGCCAAAGUUCGAGGCAACUCUGGGUCGAAACCUCGGCGAUCCGCCGAAGUAAUUGAAGCGACGAUUAAGGCCGUGCCCCUAGAAGAUCGCAAAACAUUGCGCUCCCUCGCCGCACACAGUGGCAUACCCAAGCCGACCAUCAUGCAUCACAUGGCAGCGACCAAGAAGCUCAUGGCGCGAUCAAGCCAUGUCAAACCAUUCUUGACGGACGCCAAUAAGACCGAGCGCCUGCGCUUUGCGAAGAAUUUUCUCUUGCCUGGGUCAAAAGGGAUACACUUCUUUGACAAUAUGUACAAUCAGAGUUUCCAGCUCUCGAAUAUCCUCGCCAAGGCGACAGGCUACACGAAGAAGAAUCAGAAACGAGGCCUGUACAACACAGUUGUGUUCCACAAGCACUUGGAGUCGGCCAAUGUCCUCAUCAAGUGGGACAUCGGAAGGACGAGGAGGUUCUGGGGCCACAACGGGACCGAGCGGUGGCGCAUCAAUUUUCAGGCCAUAAAGGGUACGGACAUGGUGCAGCCAUUCCAAGCCAUGUACCGUUUGUAA